AUGUCGCGACAUAGGAGCGUUAGGAAUAUGGAUCUAGAUGAGGAAAUGGACGAUGACUACCAACAGGACGACCAAUAUGGAACUUCCUACGACGACUAUGGAUCGCCCCCUGAUCGUAAUCAUCACUUGAUGCACUACACGACGAAAAGAAUUCCCACAUAUGAAUCAAUGCCUGUGGAAGCUCUAACACACGUUCCUUCCAUAGACGACUACAUAUACAGGCGUGACGAUCAACAAGCUACUACCAUGGCUUCAUUUCUGGAAUUGGACGAUGAAGAUGAACCAGAAUCUACUGCUGCAACAAUGCAGACUGAAGCGGAUGACCGUGUAUUCGAUAUGGAAGAUGUUUCAUCUCAAGAAAUGGAACCUUCUGGCUGUGGAAUGGAGGCUGCAGAGAGAUUGAGCGCAACGUGUUUCCUCCUAAACGUUGAACACUCUUCUCACCAACACACGGAAUCGCCACUAGAUUCAGCAAAAGAUCAUGUCAAGGCUGUACUUGGAGAUACUGUAUCAGAUGCUGAUAUCGAUACAGCCUUACGGAAUAACAACCAAGAUAGUACAAUGGCUAUUGAUUCGCUUAUAGCGAUGCAAAAGAGUGUGCAAGAUGUCAAGGCAAUAGUCGGACUACGAUUCACUGAUGUCCAAAUCAAAGAAGUUUUGGGUAGAAACAGGAAUAAUGUGGAGCUCUCUAUCAACGAAAUGCUUGACAAACCACCGACCUCAAUACCACCAGGACUGUCUCGACCACCUGGUCUAUUACCUCCUGGAUUAUCUGCUAGUACAUCGCCUCCUUCUACUACUACUACACAACCCAGUAAUAAUAGUAAUAAUGUGAUACCGCAAGCAGCAAGUCCAUCUGCUUUUGCGCAAGCACUGUUUACCAAAUCAUCAGAUAAACCAGCUGAUAAAGCUGCAGUAUUAGCCGCCCUUAUGAAUGGAACCGUCGCACCAUCAUCGGAUGUAACGGCAUUUGCAUUCGAUUCACCUAGUCCAGAUGAUGUGGUAGCUCAAGCGCGGAUGAAAGCUCUUGCUUCACGUCCAGGUGCACGUAGCAGUAUAACAAAACCACGCCCUUCAUCGACAAUAAUGGCAUCAUCAACAUCUAUAACAUCAUCAUCAGCAAGGCUCGAUCAAACUCAACAAGAGUUAGAAGGUCUAAAGAUAUCCGCUCCUUUUACUUCCAAACCACCCAUUCCAGAGUCACCAGCCAUGACUCGUACAGGAUCUGGAUCCAUGGCUUUUCCCAUGAUGUCAAGAAGUGGAUCAUCGACGAGUGCUUUUCCUGUCAUGUCACGAAGUGGUUCAUCUAGCGGUCUACCUCAUAGUGGAUCUCAGCCUUCUGUAUCGAAACCGAGUCCGAAGAUGGGAAGGAGGGUGGAUGUUGCGGAGCUGAUUGAGAAGAGAUCGACUGAGAAAAGGUCGUUGAAUCUCGUUGUCAUUGGUCAUGUCGAUGCUGGCAAAUCUACAAUUAUGGGGCAUUUACUUUACUUAUUGGGUGAAGUCAAUGAAAGGACGAUCAAGCGAUACGAACGCGAAGCAGAAAAGAUCGGCAAGUCGUCGUUUCGAUAUGCAUGGGUGCUGGACGAGACUGAGGAAGAACGUAGUCGAGGCAUCACCAUGGAUGUCGCCAUAACCAAAUUCGAAACCGAAAACCGUAAAUUCACACUUCUAGACGCACCAGGCCACAAGGACUUUAUCCCAAAUAUGAUUUCAGGCGCAUCACAAGCCGAUGUUGCCAUGUUAGUCGUAUGUGCCACCACAGGAGAGUUCGAAACUGGAUUUGAAUCUGGUGGUCAGACUAAAGAACAUGCCUUAUUGGUUCGAAGUCUUGGAGUCAAUCAGUUGGUAGUGGCAAUCAACAAACUAGAUGCCAUGAACUGGGAUAAAUCACGAUAUGACGAGAUCGUAUCGACAUUGACUACUUUCUUGGUCUCUGCUGGAUUUAAACGGCAGAAUCUAUCAUUUAUACCUUGUAGUGGGUUCACUGGUGGCAAUUUGGUUAGUAGAGAUGGGAUACCAGAGUUGAAUCAAUGGUAUGAUGGGUUGACAUUGAAGGAGCAACUAGACAAAUUGGAUGUUCCAGAACGGCCAUUUGACCGUCCAUUCAGAAUGUCUGUAGCUGAUUUCUUUAAAGGUGGAAUUGGCAGCGGAGGUGGUGGUAGUGUUUCGCUAUCAGGUCGCAUAGAAGCUGGAUCUGUGCAGCUAGGAGAUAGCGUGCUCUUGAUGCCUAAUGGUGAAACUGGUAUUGUCAGAGCGCUCGAAAUAGCAGAUGAUUCUGUCAAAUGGGCUGCUGCUGGUGAUUCGGUUCUCAUGAGUCUGGCUAAUGUUGAAAUCACCAACAUAUCAAUCGGAACGGUACUCUGUGAUCCAAACGCUCCAAUACCGUUGACAACACGAAUAAAAGCUCGCAUUGUGACAUUUGAGAUUGCUAUACCUUUGACUAUAGGUGUCAAGGUGGUAUUUCACCAAAAGAGUUUGACUGAACCUGCUAUCAUAACGAGACUUGUUGAAGUCGUUGACAAGACGACUGGUCAAGUGACUAAUCGAAAACCAAGAGCACUACCCAGAAACACGACAGCCACAGUCGAAAUAAGUAUUGAUCGGCCAAUAUGUCUAGAAACGUUCCAAUCAUCUAAAGAAUUGGGUCGUUUCAUGUUAAGAAAUGAUGGGAAGACACUCGCUGCUGGUAUUGUUAUUGAUAUUCUUAGCUACGAGAGGGUUGCUGGUAGUUAG